CAAGGUCGAUGAUCACAAGAUCAUGCAACGUUAAAAUAGAUUCUGCUAUGUAGUUUUCAGUCUGCUAUGCAUCUACAUGUAUAUGCAACCCUAGCGUACGCCUGCAAAUCACAUGGCAUUUUGCAUAUUAGCGUUCAUUAACUAAAAUGUGUUUGUAUAGUUAGUUAUGCGACGCUUAGAUUAUUAUCAUAUUUUAUCAUAUUUGAUUGGGUAGUUUAAAUAUUACCUUAUAAACGUGUUAAAAAAGAAAUUCAAAAACAAAAAUGGCGGAUAUCAGUAUUAUAAUAUCUAAAGUUUUUCUUCUUAACUUGUGCAUUUUUCUUCAUUCUGCAAGAGGAGAUUCGUUUAGUUUAUCAUCGAAUCAACAGGGCUUGAAGUUAAGAGACGAUGGAGGCCGGGUAGAAAGAUCUACAGGGUGUUCUGAUGACGCAAAACAACUUAAAGCGGUUCCAAAUUAUGCGGAUAUGUACGGAGGAAGAAUUGUUGAUCUUUCUGGUCCAUGUUUCGCGACAGUCAAAUCGGCAUAUUGCCAGUUCAAAAACCCACAUGACGGCGUAGUCCUGGCGAAUCAGAAAGCUGUAGGCGAUAUAAGCAGAACAAAUGUCCGGUGUAUGGUGCCUAGACUUCUAGUACGUGACCGCGUGAUUUUAAGUGUUUCAACGGACAAUAAGACAACCUACCCAUACAGUACGAACUUCACUAUUGUUUUUCCCAGAAGAAUACCACCCUCAGUGAAGCCUGUAGGGGAAUGGUUAUUUCACAAUGCAACUGUUCUAAGUCUUAAAUGGAAUUAUACAUUGCUCACCAACGACCAAAAUUCUCUGGUUGACAUACGACUCAUUGGUUUCAAGGAGAGUGAUGGAAAAGCAAUUUACAAACAUUUGAUCAUCCUUGGUAAAGAUGUACCGGCGUCAAUUGGUGAGUAUGAAUUUGAAAUCAGUAACUACCAAUGCAGUGGACAAGACUGUUUCGAGUAUGAGGUCGGAUUGGUUGAGGUGAAACUACAAGACAAGUUCACGCCUACCAAGAACAAGUUUUUGUCAACAAAUCGUGUACCACUCGGUUGGUUUGUCAGAAAUGUAAUGAAAGCAAAAUACGGCUCGGAUUGGCCCUCUGAUUUGUGUAUGAAAUGGCAUAAAAGCGCAUCUCGGGACAUGAAAUGGUUUGACGAGAUUCUUAAAUGUCCAUGUUCGUUAGCUCAGGCGAUUGCAGACUUUGGAAGGUGGCAUCCUGACAUCGGAUGCAAUCUACAAAUGGCGGCCAAUAGGAACAAUUGUAAAUACCACCAUGCUGCCGUGCAUUGUGUGCGUUCCGUGCAGCCAGUAAAUGGAGCCGGUAACCAGUGUUGUUACAGCGCUAAAGGAUAUCUUGUGUUCGCGGCAGACACAUAUUUUGGAAGUACAGCUGACAGAAGUCACGAUUGGGGAGCUGCACCUUAUGGUAAACCUGGUCAUGUUCCAAUUCUCUCUCAUUGGGUAGAUGAUAUAAUUCCGCUAUUUAUCUGUUGCCAGUGGACCGACUUCAAGUCAUGUGACUAUUACGUUGACCUGAGAGGAACUACGGAUUGUACGGAAUAUAACCCUCCUGUACCAGCGUUUGUGUUCGGACUAGGUCACAUUGCGACAUUUAGAGGCCGGAAAAUCCGCAUCAUGGCGGCGGGGGAUUACAUCUUGCUUAAAGCGGGGACCACAGAGGUGCAGGCGAGAUUUGAAAAUAAUCUUACUCCACCUGAAAGUAAACCCACAUGGACUUCAGAUUAUACCUCAUUACAAGUCGUGAGGGUUAUUAAAAACGCGUUUACGUUGACAUCUGUGGCCAUAGAAAAUGAUGGCGUAUCAGACAGGGUUGAACUACGAUUGCACAAAGAUGAUACUGACAAUAUCGAAGUGCUACUGAAUGGAGAAAUUAAACUAUUUAAGGAGAAAUCUUUAAAAUGGCAAGAUUUCAAAGGUGUUGCGGUUAUCAAUACCACCUUGGCCGGAAAGAAUUGCAAUUUUACAGUGCUUCUUACCAAUAACAUAGGGUUCCAAGUGGCAACCGUUGCUGGCACCAUGCAGCUAGAUCUUAUGAUGCCUACGGAUGUUAUUAAAGUGACAUCUGGAUUAUUCGGAAACAUUGACGGUGGGAAAACAUUGCCGAAUGGUGAAUCAAUUGUUUAUGAUGCUUACAAACCCGAAGAAGUGUACAAUUUUGAAAAAGCAUGGAAGGUGAAAAGUAACAACUUUUUUAAAGACAAUAAAACGUUUUCAACAGAACCAAUUUUCAACCCUAAAGCAAAAUCAUUAUUUGUACGUUACUGUGAAUUCAACAGAUUUAACUUUUAUAAUGCUUGUGGAUUUGAUUACACUCGUACUGGCUCAACAGUGAUCGCUAAGGCAACAGAGGAAGCUGGUUACAGGCAAAAGUCUCUUGUUUAUAAUUUAAAGCCAAUCCGGUCCUGUGGUUUACUGGAUGUUCCGAGAUCUAAAAAAUCGAGCUAUGAAUACACAAUUGGUACAACCACAACUGUAACUGAAUGUAGGAGCGGUUCUUUAUCGGGUAACACCACAUAUACAUGCGUCUACACUUCGAGUGUAACUCAGGCCUGGUCUCCGGAUGUGACAGCAAAAUGUGAAUUGGAAAUGGAAAUGGAAAUAGAAAAUUCGUCUUACUCGUCUAACACAGGAAUGAUUGUUGGUACCGUGGUUACUGUUUUAGUUGUUGGUGCAAUUAUAAUUAUUUAGGUUGUCCUCGUUUUUGUGCGGAAAAGAAGAGAUGGUAAGGUUUUAUUUUAGUAAAUUUUCAACUUCAGAAGAUGUCCGUGAAGUACGCGGGCUAACGGGCUAGCAGUCUAGCGGGCUAACAGUAUGAACUGAGCGGGCUAGCAGUCUAGCGGGUUAACAGUGUGAACUGGGCGGGCAAGCAGUCUAGCGGGCUAACAGUGUGAACUGGGCUGGCUA